UUCAGGUGGCAGCUCUACAGGAAGAGAAGAGCAGUCUGUUGGCAGAGAAUCAGGUGUUGAUGGAGCGUCUCAAUCAGUCCGACUCGUUGAAGAUCUGAACAGUCCAGCGGGUCGCAGACACCUGCAGCUGCAGACGCAACUAGAACAACUGCAGGAGGAGACAUUCAGGCUGGAGGCAGCUAAGGACGAUUACCGCAUCCGCUGUGAGGAGCUGGAGAAGGAGUUACUGGAGGUCAGAGGUCAGAAUGAAGAGUUGACCUCUCUGGCCGAGGAAGCGCAGUCGCUCAAAGAUGAGAUGGAUGUGCUCAGGCACUCGUCUGAUAAGGUGUCUAAGCUGGAGGCUCAGGUUGAAGUGUACAAGAAGAAGCUGGAGGAUCUUGGAGAUCUGCGUCGUCAGGUGAAGCUGUUAGAGGAGAAGAACACGAGUUACAUGCAGAACACUGUGAGUCUGGAGGAGGAUCUGCGCAAGGCCAACACCGCACGAGGACAACUGGAGACGUAUAAGAGACAGGUGGUGGAGCUCCAGAACAAACUCUCUGAAGAGUCCAAGAAAGCAGAUAAGAUGGAGUUUGAGUAUAAACGAGUGAAGGAGAAAGUGGACUCGCUUCAGAAAGAGAAAGACCGUAUGAGGACAGAACGAGACUCUCUGAAGGACACGAUUGAAGAGCUGAACUGUGUUAAAGCUCAAGAGUGUCAGCUGACAUCAGGUCUGGUGCCGCUCGGCAGUAACGAGGCGUCUGAUUCGCUGGCUGCAGAGAUCCUCACGCCGGAGAUCCGGGAGCGUCUGAUUCGACUGCAGCAUGAGAAUAAGAUGUUGAAACUGGCACAGGAGGGAUCAGAUAAUGAUCAGAUCGCUCUGCUCAAGAGUUUACUAGAGGACGCCAACAGCAGAAAGAAUGAACUGGAGAGUGAGAACAGGCUGGCGAAUCAGAGGUUGUUGGCAGGUCAGUCUCAUGUGGAGGAGCUGCAGAAAUCUCUUCAGGAACACGGAUCUAAAUCAGAUGAUUCUGUUUUACUGAAGAGGAAAUGCCAGGAGCAUCUUGAGAAGUUAAGAGACGCCACUAACGAGCUUCAGAAGAAGAGAGUUUUCAUUGAAGAUCUGGAGAACAAACACACUUCCAGCGCUCAGAAGAUUGAAGAAUUGGAGGACGCUCUGAAGAAGAAAGAUGAAGACAUGAGACAGAUGGAGGAGAGAUACAAGAAAUACUUGGAGAAAGCCAAGAGUGUGAUAAGGACUCUGGAUCCUAAACAGAAUCAGGGUUCUGCUCCUGAAGUCCAAGCGCUGAAGAAUCAACUGCAGGAGAAAGAGAGAAUGCUGCACUCACUAGAGAAGGAAUACGGUAAGACAAAGUGUCAGCGAGAUCAAGAGGAGAAGCUCAUCGCAUCUGCCUGGUACAACAUGGGAAUGGCUCUACAGAAGAAAGCGGCAGAAGAUCGUUUGGCCAGCACUGGUUCGGGUCAGUCUUUUCUCGCCCGGCAGAGACAGGCCACGAGCACACGCCGGGCAUAUCCGGGUCACGUGCAGCCCACCGCAGCCAGUGAUGUUAAAGCAUGACCAGCAGGGGGCGGGGCUGCAUGACUAAUGAUUUAACCCAUCGAUACACAAACUAACCCGUCAGUGAACGCUAACCACUGUCCUCGUGAGCCGUGUGCUUCUAACACGUCGCUGAGCGUGAGGUGGGCGGGGCCAGUGAUAUGUCAAUCAUUGUAACAGACUCACUGCAGUGAAUGCUACAGAUUAAAACGAUGAUUAACUUCCUGUUUGCCCGUAUGACUCUCACAUCAUUUCCUUUGAAUCUUCAUCAGUGUGGAUUAUAUCAGUGUUUAUGUCUGUGUAUUCUUCUGUUUGUAUUGAUUAUUUAUUUACAGCUUCACUGAAAGGUCAACGACAGAACAAACGCUUGGCGAACUCAUUACAAAUAUCAUUACCGAUAGUAUUCAAGCAUUCAGUAAACACACUUCCUGUUUUAUUGAUGCAGAUCAUGAAGUGCUUUUCUCUUGAGAGAUGUCGAAGAUACAAACUAACAGUUUGACAUUGAAACAUUCUCUGCUGCUUGAUUGGCUGUUCCAUAUUUAAUAUUCAUACACGAGUGACACGCGUCAUUAUAUGCACACAGCACAUCUCAUAAAGCAGUGUGCUUCUGUCUCUCUUUGUGUUGUUUUUAAUAGACGAUUGAUUAUAUAUUGACAGUUUGUGAAUGCACAUUAGGUUCAUUACGUGUGGACUGAGGUCAAAGGUUAAACCUCAUGACACCUCCAGUGGUUGCUGAAUGGUUGUUUUCACGCUCUUUCCAUUUGCCAAGUUUGAUAUGUUCAUCCUGUAUGUGUGAAUCCAUUAUUAGCUUCAUGUUGAUGGAUUUGUGCUUCCAGCUGCAGAACUGUACAGAUGAAACUCAAGUUAUAAAUAAAGCUUGUUUAAAACAUUCACGAUUAAAAGCAGUUCUGUGUU